AUGAUAAGGUUAGUUUUUCAAAUUUAUUAUAUUUUUAUUAAUGUAAUUUAUAAACAGUUAUAUAUUAAUAGGAAUAUAGUAUUUAUGUCACAAAUUGAAGAAAAUGAUAAAAAAAAUUUGAUAAGUCAAAAAUUUAAAAAUAUAUGUAAACAAGUGCAAGUAAACAAUUGUAUACCAAAAAAAGAAAUGAUAAGUAUUAUAGAUCUUAUAGAUUCAUCAAAUGUCAUAGAUACAAAUAAAUUACUUUCAUUACUUUAUUGGUGUAAUAAUGUAACUUGUUUACCAGUAGACAGAAUAAAACUUGCAGAAUCUUUAUGGAUAAUUUUAACUGUAUGCAAUUUUAAGGUAUCAGUAGUCCAUUAUAAUACACUUUUAAAAUUAUAUAUAGAAAAUGAACAUAAUUUCUCAAUUAUAAACUUAUUAAAAGACAUGAAAUGUAAACAAAUUUAUCCAAAUGAGAAAACAUAUGAAAUAUAUAUUAAAUAUUACUGUAUGAAAGGAAAUAUUAAUAAAGCAUUAAUGCUUCUACAUGAUAUGAAAAAGUUAAAAUUUUCUAUAUCAAAAUCCAUUUUUGAUUUAUUAAUGUUAGGAUAUUCUCAAUCUGGAGAUAUAAAAAAUGUAAAUAAUAUUCUAAAUAUAAUGAAACAAUAUAAAUUAAAUGUAAAUAAUCAAACAUAUGCUAUUAUUAUGUAUACUUAUGCUAAAUUAAAUAAUAUUGUUAAAAUCAAAGAAAUAAUUAAAGAUUGUAAUUUAAAUAAGAUAUAUUUUAGUAAUAAAAAUAUUUUGAAAAUAAUUUAUAUAUUAGCAGAAAAUAAUCACAUUGAAGAUAUUGAUGUUAUCCAUAAAUAUCUAAGAAAAAAAAAGAUCAUUUCAAAUAAUGAAAUAAAAAUCAUAUUAAAAAUAAUAAAUAUUAAUUACAUAAAUGUAGCUAUAAAGACACUUUUAAAGAUGGGUUUAAAUAAUGAGCAUCCUCAAUUUGAAAGUAUCCUGAGGUUAAUUUUAAAACAUAUAAUUAAUACUAAAAUGCUAAUUAAAGAUAUUAUUUUGUUUUGUAAUUUUACGGGAAAUAAAGAAAUAUCCAAAAAAUAUUUUUUAAUAUCAUUAUAUUAUUCAUUAAAGAAAAAUGACAAUUUGUCUUUUCUUUUGCUCAAAAUAUGUGAAAAAUAUUGUUUAUUACGCCCACAUUACUUUUGGCCACUUUUAGUUAGGCAAGCAAAUAAAUAUAGUGUACAAGGUAUUUUAAAUAUUCUUGAGAUUAUGAUUAAUGAUUUUAAUAUAUUACCUUGUAUUGAUACAAUUACUGAUUAUGUUUUACCAUUUAUAUAUGGAGAAGUAGACUAUAUAAGAAAACUAUUAAUGAAAUAUAAAAUAAAUGAAAACAUAAUUAAUAAUUCUUAUGUAUUAUUUUUUUUGAAAAAGAGAAAAAUAGCAGAAGCUGCUAGAUAUAUACGAUAUUUUAAAGAUGAAUAUUUUUAUAAAAUAAUUGCUUCUGAUCUUAGAUAUUCUGCAAUUUUUAAAAAUGAUGUAAUAAACUUUUUAUAUAUUAGUUGUAAUGUAGUGGAAAAUAUAAAUUCAAAUUCAACAUUUAUAUUAACCAACAAAUCAUCUUAUACAAUAUUUGUAUCUAUGGACAAGCAAUUACAUGAAUUUAUGAUUGAUUUUCCAUCUCAAAAAAUAUGGAUGACAAAGAUAAUAAAGCAUUCAAUAAAUUAUGAUAUUAAUUUAAAAUAUGAAACAGUGAAAACAAUAUGUGAAUAUUUGGGUGAAUAUGCAAGAAAUGAUGUAAUGUCUAUACUUCAAAAUUUAAUAAAAUAAAGUGUCAAAUA